GCACACCUCUAUGUGGACAACUAUAUAACGAAUGUUAUGAUGGGCAGUGAUCUAUGGAAGUCACGUCAGACAGUCAAUACUGGAAGCAUCCCCUUAAAAUCAUUAACAUACAAGCCAAGACGAAUACUUUGCAAUACUAAAUCCUCGCAAUACUAAACGUCUGACGGAUGCUGUGAAGAUCCUUGGUUCAGGGGCCUUCGUGUUCACCUCCUACCUCACCGUCACCGGAGAUGAGCGUUUCUAUGCCAACCAGCUCAUGCCGCUUCUGCAGAGGAUCGUGGAAGCCGAGACUGCCCAUGUGAUGGCGGUGAAACUGUUGAGUCUGGGAGUGUCCCCGCUGAACUGGUACCAGGACCCUGCCUCUCUGGAAUUGACCGUGAUGGGCAGGAAGUUCCGGAACCCCAUUGGGAUAGCAGCGGGCUUCGACAAGCAUGGCGAGGCUGUCGACGGCUUGUUUAAAGUGGGCUUCGGCUUUGUAGAGGUGGGCACUAUCACCCCCAGACCGCAGGAGGGAAACCCAAAGCCCCGCGUGUUCAGACUACCGGCGGACCAAGCCGUCAUUAACAGGUAUGGGUUCAACAGCUGUGGUCUGCUUGAGGCUCAACAUAGGCUGAAGACUAGGGAGGCGUCCCAGCAGCAGCUUAGGAAAGCUGGCCUGCCGCUUGGCAUCAAUCUGGGGAAGAACAAACUUUCCCAGGAUGCAUCAGCAGACUUCAUGGAGGGGGUGCGGGUGAUGGGCCCCCUGGCGGACUACCUGGUGGUCAACGUGAGCAGUCCCAACACACCUGGCCUCAGAGACCUGCAGGGGAAGGCACACCUGCACACACUGCUUCAUAAGGUGCUGAAGGAGCGAGAUGCCCUGCAGUGUGAGAGGAAACCUCCAGUGUUAGUGAAGAUCGCCCCAGACCUCUCUCCUCAAGACAUGCAAGACAUCGCCGAAGUCGUAAUAGAGCUGGGCGUGGAUGGCCUGAUGGUGUCGAACACCACCGUCUCCAGGCCCCCCACCCUCAAGGACCCUCGCUGGUCAGAGACGGGGGGUCUUAGUGGAAGGCCUCUUCGGGAGCUCUCCACCGACACUGUCCGAGAAAUGUUCAGGCUCACUGGCGGUAAGGUGCCGAUUGUUGGGAUUGGUGGGGUGGCCAGUGGCCAGGAUGCUCUGAAUAAGAUCCGAGCUGGAGCCUCCCUGGUCCAGCUCUACACAGCCUUCACCUACCAGGGACCCCCCCUGGUCACCAGGAUCAAACGGGAGCUACAUCAGCUGCUGCAGGACCAGGGAUUCAGCUGCAUAGCCGAGGCGGUGGGAGCUGACCACCGUGGGGCGUCAGAGGCUCAGUCCCCACCAACACACGGCACCAACCAGGCACACCAGGCCCAAGAGACCCCGGUCUCAACAAUGGUACCCCUGGUACCAGCAGCCGUCUCUACCAGCUCCGCAGGCGAAGUGAACCAGGGCGCUGCAGCGAUUCCAAACCAAGGAGAGGCUUUCCGUACAGUCUGACAGACAGGGAAGUAGUCAGACUGACCCUUGACGACCAGCUGGGGAACGGCUGGUGGGUGUUGAAGGCUUCUGAACCACAUGCCAAAAAAAUACACCGUCCGUUUUGUUUUUCUUUUCUUCUUUUUUUCGGUGUUAAUGAAAUACAGGUCCUUUCAUUAUUCUGGGGUCCACAGACCAGCUGUCUGUGUAAGGCUUUAGUGUAACUAUGGCUUGAUAAAGUGAUCCUUGGGUGUCUUAUGGAUUUAGUUGUAGAUGGGUUUUCACGAUGCAAUACUACGUACCAUUUGAGAAUGAAUACAAAUGAAUGGCCUAACAUAAUGUUCUGGAUGAAACAGUAAUUCCUCCAUAUAGUUGAUCACAAAAUAAAUAAAGUAUGAAUCAGAUAUACCGUUGUAAUAUUGUUAUUCAAAAUGCAAUGCAAAACUAGGGUAACCUGGACUUGGCUAUGGAUAUGUGCUAUGAAGACCUUAAUGGAUAUUGAAUUAACAUCAUACACUAGUCAGUUAUAGUAAGCAGUAGGCAUGUCAAACAUUAAACGUUGACUAUAAGGACCAGUUGGUGUCAGGUUUGAGAUAAAGGAUCUCACUCAAGGGCACCUGGUCGACCUCUCAAGGUGCUAGUUGAAGUUGUUGCAGCCAUAGGCCUACCUCAGGGCAUACAUUUUCACGGAAAUGUACCCAAUCCUGCGUGAGCAUACGCAGCUCAUCAUCAGUGUUUUGCUUUUAAUAGGACAUAGCCACUGAUGAAUGAAAUUACGUACUCAAAGCUGUUCUCUCCGUUAUGCGUGAAUGACGCUUCGGUACACUGGUCAUUUACAUGUAAAACAGGCCUCAUUCUUUUGAUUGAGGCAUUAAUCAGAGGCACAUCUCCAUUACUGGAAGCAUCGCUAGAUUUAGGUGUAUGAUAGCUGGUCGUGUCCAAAGGUGGCUGAUUUUCAUUGUCCGUGAUAUCUGUUGAUGCGCUGGCCAUGUUGAGAAAAAUGUGCAAUGCCGACGACUGCUGAAUGUUUUUGUAUUCAUGGAUAGCGCCCACCUGCAACCUUUUAAAGGGGACAUAUUAUACCACCAGGUGUGAGUGUGAUCAGCCUUACAAGCCGUUUCGAAAAUCUGCCCCAUAUGACAUCACUAGAGGGCGUGUCCACCUAGAUCACACUCGCACCAGGUGGUAUAAUAUGUCCCAUUUAAACUUUUUUUCUAAACGCAAUGCCCCCCCCUUUUAACGAACGAACACACACACACACACACACACACACACACACACACACACACACACACACACACACACACACACACACACACACACACACACACACACACACACACACACACACACACACACACACACACACACACACUGUUUAACCACUCACAGAGCCCCCACAACUUCCGGUCUGGGACCCAAUGCAUCCCACAGAGUAACCACGCACACACAUCCGGCGCACACAUCCGGCACAGAGGCCACCACUACUUCCUGUCUGGGACCGUAAAUAUGCACGAUCAAAUGUACCCCAAACUGGGGUAUGUGAUUUACUUCUAACAUGAUGAUAACCUUUGCUUGUAAAGAUACGUAAAUAGUUGAUUAACAUUUGGCCAUACAUUUGUAUAAUAUUUCACUGCCUUUGUAACAUACUGCCAGGCAACUUUUGAAAAACUUUGAGUAGAAAUCGCUCUGGUUUAAACAGAGGUCUCCCUACCAGUCAGCAGCCACGACCAUCUCUGCUGCUUAGCUUAAAGGGGAACUUCUCUCAUUUGCAUUAAGCUUUGUAUCGAUCCCAUGGACAUAUUAAAGAAAUGCAUUUAAUUUGUGAACUGCAUUUUCUUUUCAACAAGGAACUCUCUGUAGCCAAUCAGAUGCCUCCCUCGUUUUCAGUCAAUCACAUGACUGCAGUACUGACCUCGCCUCCGAGCUUCCCGGUUCCCUAGGUCAAAUGUCUAUGGGAAAUAGCAUGGGGUUUUUGAAUGAUCGUACAUAACAAUCUCUAGGUAGUAAAAGCGUUUUGAACUACACACUUUUCCCAUCUAGUUUCGGCUGGGUUUUGGGAUUGUCAUUGCCGGUAAAGUAUGAAACGAUUAUUAAUGCUACUUUAACGGCACUGACAAUCUAAAAACCCAGUCAUUGCAGUCAUGUAAUUGGCUGAAAACGAGGGAGGUAUCUGAUUGGCUGCAGAGUUCCUUGUUGAAAAAAAUGCAUUUGUGAAUCCAGCCACAUCAGGAGAGUCUCAAAAAUCCACAUAUAAAUACAGACCCACCCACCGACUCAGACACAAAUACAAACAAGUUCACAAAUGAAAAGAGUCUUGUAAAUUCAAGUUUAAGUUUGUAUAUAAAUGUAACAACAUCCAUUAUUAUCCAUUAUCAUCCAUUAUCCAAUACAUUUUUGAUGAAAAUUGCAAAGAUUUUUUUAAUUCAUAUAUGUAUGCAUUUAUAUUACAUUUAUUUAAAAGAAGACACUUGUGUGGGGAUCAGAAAUGUGUUUGUGAAACUUUUUUGUUUAUUGAUUUAUUUUACAUUUAUACAUACCGAUAUCCAUUUGUGUCUGCAUUGAAAUGUAUUGUGAGAAGAGAGUAAUUUAUGUAUAAAUCACAAAAUACAUUUGUGAAUCCUUCUGUGCAUUAUUUAUUAUGAGACUGUUCUGACCCCAUACUCCAUGGCCUGCAAAAAAAGUUGAGAAAUGUUCACAUUUUCAGGCUGCAACAGAUCCGUUGGCCAAUCAGAUCCCGGUUAUGGAAAUACACUCCACGCGACUACUGGAUCUAUUUUGCAAUAACAAGCAGGAAGAAGCAGGAAAAAAUCUGUCCCGUUAUAUUUUUUGAAAGAAAUGUUGAAUCAUAGGAUCCGGUUCAAUCCGGAUUUAAGAUGUGGAAAAGCCUUGGAUGAAGCUGGGAAGAAUAAAACACACGGUUUCCACACAGCGGUAAUCCACAGGGAAAAUAAAAAAAU